GUUCUUCUUGUUUUUGCUGGCGUCAAAUACGAUCGGUAAAGGAAUAUCGAGAGCAAAACAAACAAACAAAAUAUAAUUGCAAUCAAGCUUAACAUAAACCGCAACAACAACUAAAUUUUAAAAGAAAAUUGUGAAAGAAAAUCGAAGUAAAGCAAAUAAAGUGCCUUUUCUCUUAACUGCUGUUAGCUUUACGAAUACAUGAACAUCGCCGAGUUGGUAACACACACGAAUGCAAUACCUUAACACAGAGCCAGACACACAAACCAACCCAUACUUGUGCGGGCAAGUAAACAUCGCCUGGCCUGUGUGUGUGUGCCACUAUUUUUACCUGCUUUCGGAAUAAGAGUGCAAAGCAACACGGUAAUAAAGUCCAAAGCCAUUUUUCCAUUUUGAGAUAAACUGAACGAUAUUACACACGGUGGUGCUGGCCAAUGCUAAACAAUCGGAAAUAGCAACGCAACAACUUCUUUUGUUUGUGUAAUAAUUAAAACGUGUGCACUGUACAUUCUGUUUUCGUUUUCAAUUUGUUCGAUUUUUGUGUGGUUGCCAUGAAAAUGCAGUCGCUGCUGACGUCUAAACAAACAACAAAGCUUUGGUGGCGUCGACGCCAGCACUAGCAAGAAGGGAACAUACGCACGCAUACACACAAACAUAUCCACAAAAUUCCAAUGAGAACACAACGCCAAAAAGUUUUUACCGGUAACGAUCGUGAAAUGUAAGAAAAAUAAAUACUACGGAAAUUCUGUGAUUGUGAUUUCGGCUGCCACCUAAAUAACCGUUAAGUGUUCAAAAGUGAAAGAAUUGUAAUCAAGCCCCUGGCCAAUGUACACAGCAGCAGCAAGUAAUGCAAUAAAAUGUCUCCACGCCAGCAAACGCGAUUAGAACCUCACAACGACAAUAACAAUAACAACAAAAAUCCAGCCCAACAACAGCCACAUCAGCAACACAAACGAAAAUGUCGCACCCACACGCUACUCUCCUCAGCCUUCACCUGCCCACUCACAAUGCUGCUGGCGCUUAUCAUUGCCGUACACAGUACACCUCCCCGGUUUGUCCGGGCUUUUACCAAUACCCACCGGUCGUUACCGCUGCUGAUGGAAGAGAAUUUUUCGGGCGAUAAUCGUAAACCCGCCUUCCGGAACUGCGCCGGCUAUGCGCCCUCUGUUAAGGAGGAACAGCCGGAGAACACGUUUGUAAUAAUGGUCGAAGCGAAGGACCCUGAUCCAAAUCAGGAUAUACGCUACAGUCUGUUGCAAUCGAAAUUCGAACGCCACAAAUUUAAUAUAAAUCCCAGCACCGGAGUCAUCACCACGGCGCACACCUUUGACCGGGACGAGCCCAUACGCGAAAAGUUCGUAUUUGUGACGGUGCAGGCGACGGACAAUGGUCUGCCGCCCCUGGACGAUGUCUGCACAUUCAAUGUGACCAUCGAGGACAUCAACGAUAAUCCCCCCGUGUUCAAUAAGGCGCGCUACGACGAGUCCAUGUCGGAGAAUACUGCGCCCGACGCGGUUGUAAUGACAAUCAGUGCCAGUGACUUUGACGAUCGGAACAACAGCAUCAUUGAGUACGAGAUUCUGAGAGAGCGCGACUAUGAGUAUUUUAGAAUCGAAAAGGAAUCAGGAAUUAUAUACCUCAAUCACGCGAUCGACAAGCGCCCCGGUCAGCAGUAUACGAUCAAUGUUCGAGCCUAUAAUAUCGUGCCAGACCCACCGCAAGAUGCGCAAAUCGAAGUGCGCAUACGUGUUGUAGAGUCUUCAAUCAAACCCCCCACAUUUGUCGAUCCCAUUGACGAACCCAUUUAUUUAAAGGAAGACUUUAUGGACUUUUCGAAGCCCAUAGCCACACUUCAUGCCAUAUCGAAUGUGCCGGAUAAGCCAGAGGUUAUCUUUGAGCUGAUCACAGGCCGCACAGAGCAAACGAAUGGCAAAAAUACGUUUGUGUUUAAUCAAAUUGGCAACAAGGUGUCCAUUAGCUUGGGCAUGCAUCUCGAUUUCGAAGCCAUUACAGACUAUACGCUGACCAUGAGCGUACGAAACACUUAUGAUCUUUCCACCGAGCACAUGCUGAAGAUCAAGGUGGAGGACGUUAAUGACAAUAUACCUUACUUCACGGAGGUAAAAUCCGGCACGAUAUUGGAAAACGAGCCUCCAGGCACUCCCGUCAUGCAGGUGCGUGCCUUCGACAUGGACGGUACUUCAGCGAACAACAUCGUUUCGUUUGAGUUGGCCGACAAUCGCGAUUACUUCGCCAUUGAUCCACACACUGGAAACAUAACGGCAUUAACAACGUUCGAUCGGGAGGAGCGGGACUUCUAUAAUGUAAAGGUCAUUGCUAGUGACAACUCACCAUCCAGUCUGUUCCACAAUGGUGAGCCAAACCGUGGGCAGCAGGUGUUCCGCAUUAUUAUCGGUGAUAAGAACGAUCAUAAGCCGCAUUUCCAAAAGAGCGAAUAUUUGGCCGACAAACUGCUCGAGGACGCGAACACCAAUACCGAAGUAAUUGAGGUCAAGGCCGAAGAUGAGGAUAAUGCUUCGCAAAUACUCUACACAAUCGAGAGUGGUAAUGUGGGCGACGCAUUCAAAAUUGGCCUGAAGACGGGCAAAAUUACGGUUAACCAGCGCCUCGACUACGAAGCCAUUACGGAGUAUGUGCUCAAGAUUCGUGCCUUUGAUGGCAUAUACGACGACUCCACCACUGUCACAAUCAAAAUAGCCGAUGUCAAUGAUAAUCCACCGGUUUUUAAGGAAAAGUACGCGAAGACAAUACAGGAAGAGACCAUAUUCGAAAAUUGCAUCCUUAAUAUAGAGGCUUACGAUCCUGAUAUUAAGGAUCGCACUGCCGAUCAGCAUAUAAAAUAUUCGAUUGUUAAGGAAGAGCACAAAAAGUUUCUAACUAUUGACAAUACCGGAUGCUUACGCCUCAUUAAGCCGCUCGAUCGGGAUCAGCCCAACGGACACAAGAGCUGGCAGGUUCUAAUAUCAGCACACGACGAAGACGGUCAUGGUCUUAAUCUGGUGGAACCUGUCAUUAUAACGCUGCAGGACAUCAACGAUAAUGCACCUUUCCUUGUUAACCAAAUGCCAGUAAUCUGGGAGGAGAAUCGCAAUCCGGGUCAGGUGGUGCAACUGCAAUCGAAUGACUACGAUGAACCGCAGAACGGUCCCCCAUACACGUAUGGCAUUGACAGCGAGGCAUCGCCGGACAUUAAGACCAAGUUUAGUAUCGACAAUGAUUAUCUCUUUGCCAAUGUCCAAUUCGAUCGGGAGCAGCAGAAGGAGUACUACAUACCUAUACGCAUAAGCGACUCGGGCGUGCCUAAGCAGAGUUCAGUGAGCAUUUUGCAUCUAAUAAUUGGCGACCUUAACGACAAUGCCAUGAGCGAAGGUUCUUCCCGCAUCUUCAUCUACAAUUACAAGGGCGAGGCACCGGACACAGACAUUGGACGCGUCUUUGUCGACGAUGCUGACGAUUGGGAUCUGGAUGACAAGCAGUUUGAGUGGAAGAGUGGCAUACCUCAUAGCAACUUCCGCCUGAACCCCAGCACCGGCAUGAUCACCAUGCUAGAAGGCACCAGCGAAGGCGAGUACAUAUUGGAGUUUACCGUGAUCGAGGAGUCCACCUCUAUAUCACGGCACUCCGUCGAUGCCGAUGUAACUGUCAUUGCUCGCGAGCUGCCAGAGGAGGCUGUAGACAAGAGUGGUAGCAUUCGUUUUAUCAACAUCACUAAAGAGGAAUUCAUAAGCGUGCCACUCGAUGCGCAGGCAGAUGAUUCGUUCUCUCUGAAAGAUCGCUUGCAGCAUGCACUCUCCCAGCUCUUUAACACGUCCGUGACAAAUGUUGACGUUUUUACGGUGCUGCAGAACGAGAAUAAUACAUUGGACGUGCGCUAUUCGGCGCAUGGCUCCCCCUACUAUGCGCCCGAGAAGCUAAACGGCAUGGUGGCCCAGAACCAACAACGUCUAGAGGACGAGCUUGAUCUGCAAAUGCUGAUGAUUAAUAUAGACGAGUGCCUGAUCGAGCGCAACAAGUGCGAAAGUUCGUGCACCAAUGAGCUCCAUAAAUCCUCCGUGCCCUACAUGAUCUACUCGAACACUACAUCGUUUGUGGGCGUCAAUGCCUUUGUGCAGGCACAAUGUGUUUGUGAGGCCCAGGUGCGCAAUUAUUGCCUGAAUGGAGGCACACCCCGAGUGGGCGAGAAUGAUGCCUGCGACUGCAUCGACGGCUUCACUGGCCCCCAUUGCGAGCUCGUGUCGGUAGGAUUCUAUGGUAGUGGCUACGCCUUUUACGAGCCGAUCUCGCCAUGCGACACAACGCGCAUCAGUCUGGAUAUUGUUCCCCAAACAGAUCAGGGUCUCGUUAUGUACCUGGGACCGUUGAACUAUAACCCCCUGCUGCCACUUUCGGACUACCUGGCACUGGAACUGGAACACGGCUACCCAGUGCUCACUGUGGAUUACGGCUCUGGUGGCACACGCGUCGAGCACAAGACAACUCAACUCCAGGCCGGCCGCUCCUAUCAACUAGAUAUCAUUCUCCAAAAAACCAUCAUCGAAAUGACUGUGGACAACUGUCGCCUGUCCUCAUGCAUGAGCUUGGGCGCUAUUCAGGGCCCCAACGAGUUCCUCAAUGUAAAUGCGCCCCUGCAGCUGGGUGGCACACCCAUUGAUCUCGCACAGCUGGGUCGCCAGCUGAAGUGGGCGCACAUUCCCAGCCAGCAGGGUUUCUUUGGCUGCAUACGCAAUCUGACCGUCAACGAGCACACUUACAAUCUGGGAAUGCCUUCGGUGUCCCGCAACAUAGACUCCGGAUGCCAGAGUGCGGUGGCCGUCGCUGUUAGCUUCGGCAUCAAUCGCAACUUUCUCAUUGCGAUAAUUGCGUGCAUCGCCCUGUUGCUGAUCAUCCUGCUGGCGGUGGUGGUGCAGAAGAAACAGAAGAACGGCUGGCAUGAGAAGGACAUUGAUGACAUACGCGAGACGAUCAUCAACUAUGAGGACGAGGGCGGUGGCGAGCGCGACACAGACUAUGAUUUGAACGUAUUGCGCACGCAACCCUUUUAUGAAGAGAAACUCUAUAAGGAUCCGCAUGCGCUGCAAGGGGGUCUGCGCGACCCCAAUGACAUACCUGACAUUGGCGACUUUCUGGGCGGCAAGAAGGAGAAUUGUGAUCGCGAUGUCUCCGCCUAUACAGUCGACGAUGUGCGGCAUUAUGCCUACGAGGGUGACGGCAAUUCCGACGGCAGCUUGUCCAGUCUGGCCUCCUGCACCGACGACGGCGAUCUCAACUUUGACUAUUUGUCCAAUUUCGGACCACGUUUCCGCAAAUUGGCGGACAUGUACGGCGAAGAGCCCUCCGACACGGACUCCAAUGUGGACGACGAUCAGGGCUGGCGCAUCUGAGGGACUUCCAAAACCAGUAGUAAAAGGCAUUAAAUCCCAAACACACUCUUACACACAAACACACACGAUAGCAAUUAGCUUAGUUAGUUUGAGCCGCGCAUUUGGUUGUUGUGACUCAAUGGAAUUCAAAAGACUUUUACACUAAGUUAUGGAAAGGCGCCUGAAAAGAUGAUAGAAAGCCGGCCUAGCCGGACACUUAUCGGCGCGUCGUGGGGCGCUCUUAAAGCACUGCAAAGAUAUAGGGUACAUAUGUAUUAAAUUAUAUUGCAGAGGAGCAUUGCAAGGGCAUAGUAGGAACACAUUUAGCACUUUUUGUUUGUUUUUGUAUUAAGCGCAAAACGUGAUCUUUACAUGAAAGAGAAAACAACAAAUUAUUUUAGUAAACCAACUGCGAACAAAUUGCGACUAAACAGUUUUCUGUAUUUGUUGAUAAAAUAUAGAUUGAAACACAAAUAUCAUAUACUAUAUAUGUAUAUAUAGUAGGUA